UGGAGUUUGGACUAUGGGGAAAGAGGGAAGAAUUUCGGUCAGCUCCGUGCCACAGAAAACCAUAUAAAUUCACCAUAUUAUAAAGAAUCACUGCGUUCAAGAAAACCCAAUUUUGAUUCCGAGUUUUCCCUUCACAUUUUCACAACCUUCAGAACUCGGAAAUGACUAGCUGUAUGUGUAGCAGAGCAUCGAUUGUGGUCAAUCCGAUUCACAGAGAUGGUUUUGCAUCGUUGACCACCCAGCUAACUCGUGUUAGGGUUUCUGUACCAUGUGGUUCAAGAACCAGGCCCCUCGGAAAUUCAAGGGUUUCUGGGGUGCGAGCUUCAGCUGUGGAAUCCUAUGAAGGCUCCUCUAAUUUCGUUAAUCGCAUGGAAAAAGCAUGGUUAAUCUCUAAGCAACCAAGGCCUGUUGCUUGUUCUUCUUGCAACUCAAAUGGGCAUAUCGAAUGCAAAUGGUGUGCUGGUACAGGCUUCUUUGUUCUUGGCGAUAACAUGCUUUGCCAAGUCCCUUCAAAAAGUACUAGUUGCGUCAUAUGUACCGGGAAGGGAUCAAUGCGAUGCUCAGAUUGUAAGGGAACAGGUUUUCGUGCCAAGUGGUUAGGACAGCCUCCUAUAUCCAAGUAGCAGAUUUUCUUGAUAGAGAUUUCUGUCUUUCUGAUGUCGAAAAGCCUCAAGCAUCAAAGCUGAAGUAGAAGUUGUAUUAACAUAUUCAUGUUGUAACAUACAUUCUAGGAUUAUGGUCCACUUGUUGUAAUUGCAUAUUCUUUAAUCACAAUAAAAGUCAGAUCCUUUAUUGUUUAAAGAACCCCUUACUCCACAUAUUUGUCUUAAAGCUUGAGAUGCAAUGAAAUUGUGUUUUAAGGGUGCUA